UCAUCUUAACGGUGUUUUUGUUUAGAGGUACAUUUACUACUGCGGACUGUGACAACGGUAAAUUGAGUCUCAGCAUACAGGUCGCUAUUCGAACGACAAUGUUUUCCCAAGUAGCAACAUUAAUUCUCGUGGAGGUCCGAGGAUGCAGCCUGGGAAGUCUUACCGUUACACUGGCAUCAACUGUUCCUGAUACACCGAUAGUCUUCCAGCAAUUUACAGAAUUUCUUUACAACCUUUAUGAUGGCGUUACCAACAUCACCGAAGGGGCGAAGGUUCUUCCUCUUACUGAGAUUAAUGUGCUGAACCCCUCGGAUAACAGUCUGAAACUGAAUAUAUCAUCUUCCACCACGCUGUGUAAUGUUUUCGACAAUCUACGUCCUAGCAACAACUAUACCUGUCCAUUUAACGAAACUCUGCCCUCCCCAGCAGUCCCUGCCUGCUUAAGUGCCGCGGAAAGUGAUACAGUUGUAUACAACUUCAACAUCAUCUUUAAUAGUUCAGAAACUGUGCUGACAUCUAUACUGAGGUUAUCCACUUUGUACACGCUACAAGACUAUUUCAACAACUUCACCAUAGGUUGUGCGAAUUUGACUAUAUCAAGUAUAACCAUUUCGAAUCUUGAUGUCGAUAUAUCUAUGGUGGUACGUAAAGGGGAGAUCACUCAGUCCUCUCUGGCUGCAGCACUUUUGAGACUAGCCAGACUGAAUGUGAUUUUAGACAUCAAUGGCAUCGCUACUCCAGUCCUUCAAAUCAAGGUCCUUAAUGGGGAUGGCUCAGUGUCGAUUGUGAAUCCAACCAGCGACCUCUGUACGGUCUUUGAGCAAAUAAAAUCCUGUGAAGACAUGUCUGUGUGUAUAGACCGCAGUAAUCAGGCCUCUUGUGUACCAUCAGCAACAGGAGACGAUCUCGCCGUGAUUAUCGGCCUUGGUGUAGGUGUCCCUGUCUUCAUCGUGGUGGUAUCGUUAAUAUCGAUAAUGCUGGUAUACCGGAACCGCAUCAAGAAGCGACAAAGAUAUAUCCCUCAUCAACGAUCCCCCCAGUACAGCGUGUUCGCACAAGGUAUCCUGCCUAAAUUCCAUAGCUGGGGACGCCAGCCGUAUCAGUUCCCUGACCAAUGGGCGGACGCGGAAUCCAGAUCUAGUUCCUCCUCCAGUGAUCAGCCCACGUCAAGAGGCAGGCUCUAUGAUGAUUAUGCUAAUCCGAAAAGUCCGGUCUCCGCUCCAUUUUACUUGUCAUCAUGGGACGACAUACACAACAGCGGAGAAGAGUUUAAGAUAAGACGGCCAAAGAUAAAGCAGUCCCCAGAUGACGUAUACACAUCUGGGAAUGGUUUACACUGAAUCCAGGGGAAAGGAAAACCAGCCCUAGUUGCCAAAUAAGCAUUAAUGGUUUUGAAUUGUUGCCUUGCAUUAUAUUUAUUAUAAAUUAUGCUUAUGUGGUGCUAUCCGAUUGGACUUAAGUUAUAGACAAUAAUUAUGUAUACGUGGAAUAGAAUGAACAAACGCGGAUACAGAUUAAUGGUCUAAUAAUGAUACAAUGCUUGAAAUGUUUUAACUACCUCGUUUCGAAAUAAAUUGUUAAUAUUCAUCCAUACUUAUAUAUGUCAAAUGCAAAUUUAAACGACGAUGCUAUGCUAGAGAUAAUAUUGGCAAAAUGAGACAAAAUAGAUUUUGAGUAAGAUUAAUAGUUACGUUUCGACUCCGUUCAGGGAUGGGAUAUAUUUCCCUUGUCGAAAAGAUUUAUAUUGAUCCAAAGGAUGUUUAACACAAGAAUGUAAACAAACAUUACUCAAAAUCCAAAAUGUUAUGACAAAUUUGUUUUAACCAUUAAUACAUAUUGAUGUUAUAUUUUAACUAUAUAUUCUACAGUAUACAAAUGCAGGGUGUAGUUUGUAUGUAGAUUAAUGAAUAUAACUAUGGAUCGACUACUAGUCGUUGACUUGUGGUAUUGUGCAAUAUUUGGUGUAUAUUUAUUUAUAAUCAUAACUACAUGUACUAAAAAUGCAAAAUAGGGGAAAUUUGUUAGUCCUAGGUAAAUAGUUCUAAGACCCAGGUAAAUAGUUAUAUGACCCGGGUAAAUAGUUUUAUGACCUAGGUAAACAGUUGUAUGACCCAGGUAAAUAGUUUUAUGACCUAGGUUGAUACAUUGGAACAACUUGUUAGUCCCAGGUAAAUAGUUGUAUGACCUAGGUUGAUACCUUGAAACUUGUUAAUCCCAGGUAAACAGUUGUAAGUCCCAGGUAAAUAGUUUUAUGACCUAGGUAAAUAGUUUUAUGACCUAGGUAAACAGUUGUAAGUCCCAGGUAAAUAGUUUUAUGACCUAGGUAAACAGUUGUAAGUCCCAGGUAAAUAGUUUUAUGACCUAGGUAAAUAGUUGUAUAACCCAGGUAAAUAGUGUUAUGACCUAGGUUGAUACCUGUAUAUGUCGUUCUGUUUGAUACUAAACACUAAUUAUUUCGACGGGAUGCGUAUUAAUGUUACAUUUGAACGGCAUUAGACAUAAGCUGCAAUGGUGCUAUUAUGAUAUAUGUACUUGUGCGUAUAGAUAAGAUCAUUUACAUAUAUAUAUAUAUACAUUACCACAGUACCUGAGGAUGAAGAUAAUUACGUAAUGUGCCUAAUGUUGUUACUACCGUCUUUUACGGUAUUCCCGGAGACUUCCAUUUCGAUUUAAUAUGUAAACAAUGUUCCCAAUCUCGUCUACUUGUUUAAUAGGACGUUAAAUAUGAUAUCUACACAGGUUGAUAUAUAUGGGAAGCACUCCUGGAUAACAACAUGUACAGAUCAUCAGGGUUGGACAUGGGAAAGGACAUGUCCUAUCUAGACCACUGUAACACUGUGGUACAUAUUGACUGGGUCUAAACUCUGCUGUGACUAUUCCCAGGCAGAAUCUUAAUGCAUCAUCCGUAACUCUUCAAGUUACUCGUAGACGGUUGUGCAUAUAUGUAAGCAUUCGCCAUAUAUACGUAAUUUCAUUUUCUACGUUUUUAUUAUGUUUGGAUGAUAUGUUCAGAGCUGGUUCUCUAAAUCAUCCUCAUUAUUAUUAUGAACAGAUUCCAAUAAUCUAACAAUAUGGAGUGAAUCUGACGGGUAAAUGGAGUACGGAGUGUAUAUUUUAUCUAUUAUAUUCAAAACAACAUCACGAUUGCUUAUUCUUUAUCCGAUGUAAGGUUAUCAUUUCGUCUUAAAUCAUCUUAUUUUUAAAUGCAAUCAAAAUAUAUGAUAAAAUGAACUGGUUUUAAUUUGUAGUGGUAAGCAUAUUUAUUCAAUUUGUACACAUUCAAUGAUAUAAUGGUGAUCUAAUAAAGAUAUGUUAUGAUGUUAA